AUGGUGGAGAAUUCAUCAUCGCGUAAAGGAAGAAGAGUAGCAGAGCCCACGACGAGGAGGAAGAAAGAGGAGGAGGAGUUGGAGGCCGUUGAUAAAUCGGGGGAUUUGAUCGAGUGUUCCGGUAAGUAUUGCCGAUCAUGCACCGCCGGGGUAAUCGCCGACUGUGUGGCACUCUGUUGUUGCCCCUGCGCUUUGCUUAAUCUCUUGACGCUCGCAUUGGUUAAAGUCCCGUGGAAGAUGGGGAGGAGGUGUUUGGGGUUGGGGAAGAAGAAGAAGGGAAACAGGGUGGAAAUGGAGAGAAAAUGCGAGAAAAUGAGGGAAUUUUCGACGGUGUUUGGGGAGGGAGAAAAUUUUGACGAUAAUGGAGAAGAGAGGAAAGAAAUGGGGAAUUUCAGUGCGAGAUUGGAAGCUGAGAAAGUUUGGUUAGAGUUGUAUGAAGUUGGGCAUUUGGGAUUUGGUCGGGUUUCUUUCACCGGUACUUGA